AUGACAAUAUUUAUAUUAUAUAUAAAGGCUGAUAUUGAUGGUAUUAAUGAAAUUAUAUUUCCUCUUAAUUAUAUUUGGUGUAUAGACAUAGAACAAAGUGCAGGCCCUUUAACUAAGAGUAGAAUAACUAUAGAUCCUAAUGAAGAGAUACCAAUAGAAAAUAGUAGGGGAACAGCUAAUUAUGUAAUGAAAUGGGAUGGGGAUAAACGACAUUCUACUAUUCGAGUUAUUGAACUUAAAGAUAUUACAAAGAUGAAAUAUUGUAAUACAGAUAAUGGUAAUUUUGUCCCUAUUAUAGCAUUUGAAUGUCGUGGAUUGAAUCCAACAAGAUGGAAUCCAACAUUUGGUUAUAAUGUAAAUUGUAUAUCAGGUAAAUCUUUUAUUAAUAUAGAUUUACAAGAAAAUGAAUGGUGUGAGUUUGAUGAAGAAGCUAAUGAAUCUGUUGGUAUAUAUAAUAUUCAAUCAGAAUUUAGAAUUCAUAAGUAA